UCAGCAACCAAAACGUCACGCUUGCUUCACAUUUUGGUUCCUCCCUCUUUGAGGUAGCUCUGUUGUAGCUGCUGUUAGCCUGCAUUCAUAUCGGUAAAUGUUGUUUAUGCUUUUCAAGUAAUAAACGAUCCCAUCACCAUGGCCUCUCGAGCAGGUCCAAGAGCGGAGGGUACAGAUGGCAGUGACUUUCAGCACCGGGAGCGGGUCGCGUCUCAUUACCAGAUGAGCGUUUCCUUGAAGUCGGAAAUCCGCAAGCUCAACAUUGUCCAUCUCCUGAUCUGGGUUCUAAUGGCCGCCCAGGUGAUAGCUAGCCAGCUGAGCUUGGUGUCGCACAAAGUGGUGGCCUCUCCUUAUCAAUGGGAGUAUCCCUACCUCCUCAGCAUCAUCCCCACAGCCUUCAGCUUUUUGGCGUUGCCCCGCAACAACAUCAGCCACCUGGUCAUCUCCAUGAUCAGCGCCGGGCUCUUUUGCGUCGCUCCCCUAAUCUACGGCUCAAUGGAGAUGUUCCCCGUUGCCCAGCAGCUGUUCCGCCACGGCAAAGCGUACCGCUUCAUCUUUGGCUUCUCGGCGGUUUCAGUCAUGUACCUGGUGAUCGUCAUCGCCGUGCAGGUGCACGCCUGGCAGAUCUACUACAGCAAGAAGCUGCUGGAUCAGUGGUUCACCACCACGCAGGACAAGAAGAAGAAGUAGUGACGUCGCUUCAGAUUUCCAAGCAUUUUGGACACUUCAGUGAGAAUUCUUGUGGAAGCCAUUCAGGAGAAGAGACUUAAAUGCUGCUAGCAUCUGUUUAUGCUAAUAGACGGUGGUGAUUUCAAAAUCAGUCCUUGGCCAACCUGUGAUUCAUUCCAAUGAGUUUUGUUUGCCAUUUCAUUAAAAAAGAAAAAUGUUG